AAGAAGCAGAGCAAAUGGUCUGCAGAAGAAGAUGCAUUAAUUAUCGAUCUAAGAGGCAGCGGGAUGAAAUGGGAAGACAUCUCGAAACGAUUGCCAGGACGAAGCGCCAUCAGUUGUCGACUGCACUAUCAGAACUACCUGGAACGCCGAAGCGAAUGGGAUGAAGAGCGCAAGAACAAGCUCGCAAGGCUUUACGAGAGGUUCAAACAGGAGAUGUGGGCCAAGGUGGCAGAGGAGAUGGGCAUACCAUGGCGUGCGGCAGAGGCGAUGCACUGGCAUCUUGGAGAGGUCAACAUGGCGGAGAGGGCGGGAGUGACCCCCUUCUGUCUU